CUCAAUGAUACCAUCGACGAGUCGGAGCUCUUGAAAUCUAUCGACUCUCUCCAUCGCCUCGAUGUUGCUUACCACUUCUCUCAAGAGAUGGAAACUAAGUUGAGCUCCAUCUACCAUAAAUUUGGAAGAUUCGACACUGACGAUCAUGACUUGCAUUCAGUAGCCCUUCGAUUCAGACUCUUACGGCAGCAUGGCUUCUGCGUCUCCCCAGAUGUAUUCCAAAGGUUCAAGGAUGAGGAAGGGAGAUUCGACCUCGGUUUGGCAAAAGAUGCAAGUGGUUUGAUGAGCUUGUAUGAAGCUGCACAGCUUGAACAUCCAGGAGAAGACAUCCUCGAAGAGGCCAAAAACUUUGCUACAUCACACCUUCAGGCAUUAGUUCCAUUUCUUGAACCCUCUCAAGCCAAGCAAGUAGAGCAUGUGCUAGAGCACCCUUUCCAUAAGACCUUGCCUAGGAUUGAGGCAAGACGUUGUAUAGACAUUUUCAAUGAUGGAUGCGAAAUAGAUCGAGAUAUGGUAGACCUAGCGAUUUUGGACUUCAACCACAUCCAGUCCAUUCACCAAACAGAGCUUCAAGAAUUUUCUCGGUGGUGGGAAGGGACAGGAAUAAGUAAGGAAAUGGGAUCUCUUAUAAGGAACCAACCUAUCCUUUGGUUCAUGUUAUCCUGUUUGGCGUUGCCAGAGCCACAGUUCUCAAGGUGCAGGAUUGAACUUGCCAAACUUACAGCGUUGGUCUUUGUAAUUGAUGAUUUAUUUGAUGUUUGUGGAGAGUUGGAAGAUCUGGUCGUCUUCACUGAAGCUGUCGACAGUUUGGACCCAACAUCUGUGGAGCCGCUUCCCAACUGCAUGAACUUGUGCUUCGUGGCUUUAAUGAACGUAGUGAAAAACGGAAUUGGAUUUUUGGCCCUUAAACCGCAGGACAGCGUCGACAUACUCCAUCGUUCCAAUGCAAUGUGGGGGUCUCUCUGCAAAGCGUUUCUGCAGGAGGCAAGAUGGUUGAGACUGGAGGAUGCUCCAACUGCAAACGAGUACCUAAAGAACGCGACCACCACCAGCGGCUUGAUUCUUUAUCUAACCUAUGCCUACUUCAUCUUGGCCUGCCAGCAGAUGUCAAUUAUGAAGCCGCUCGACGCCACUCCAAGCCUCAUCCACCUUCCUGCAGCUAUAUUUCGACUGUGGGAUGAUCUUGGUACCUCCAGAGAUGAAAAGGAUCGAGGAUAUGAUGCUUCCUACAUAGAGUUCUAUGUAAAGGAGUACGAUGUUUCGGAAGAAUGCGCACGCAAGGAAACUUUGAAUUUGAUUGGUGAUGCGUGGAGGAAGCUGAACCAGGCAAGCAUGCAAAGUGGUCUUCAUGAUUUUCCUCCUGCCUUCAUCAGGUUUGCCCUUAAUUGUGCUCGCGUUGGGCAGCUGUUAUAUGCGUUUGGCAAAGACGAUCGGCAAACGACCAUCGAGGAACACAUUAGAAAGAUGCUUAUUGAAAAAAUUCAUGUUUGACCGCGGCCACCCGCGUGUCUUGGAUGGCAUUUUUCAUCAAAGAUAAAACGAGAAAAGUGAGG